GUUUAGUUCAUGAUGUGGUUCCCGUGUUUACAUCACGAGACGGUUACACGGUCUUCGUUUGUGCAAUUAUGGAAGAGCGUAUGUAAGGGAUGCGAUUCGGGAAUUUUUAAGUAUGACCAAGUAUUGGCAUUCUCAUGGCUGCGGUGGUUAGUCAUGCCAUGCGACGUUAUUCACCUUCGCCACCUGGCAGCAGCUUCUCCUCACACUGCCUAGGGGGUGAGAGUUCGUAUCCAGAGCCUUGGCCGCAAGGAGAGAUAAGCGAGAGCUCGCUUUCGAGAUCCAUGCGUUACGCCGAACCAUGGCUUUACGGAAGUAUGCGAGCGCCCGGUGGGUUCCUCUUGGCCCCGGCCCUCGUACUCUGUUCGUGCUCGGAGUACCUUUCCGGUACCAAACGGUCGAGCAAGAAAGGUCCAAGUAUUUGUAAAAAAUGUAAAGGCACCCGCUUACCGUUACCGGCAAGCGAAACGCUAAGAGGAACCCCAAAAUUUGGCACGGUACGAUGUUACCCCACCGGUACAAACAUAGCCCCACCCUCAAGUACAAAUCGCGCUGGUACGGCAAGGGUGAGCACCCACACCCGUCCCUCCAUUCUCCCAUCGGCCGACCCGUACGAGUUAAUGCGCCGCUCCAGGUUGUCGGCCGAUAACGGAACAAAAUUUACGAUCCGUUCGUCGUCCCCCAGUCCGGCCCCAUCUAGUAAAACAACACAAGUUCCUAAAGUACCGACGACGAAUGGCGGACGCAAGUCAAUUUUAGAAUGUAACAUAAAUCCUUACGAUCUCAUGUCUGCAGAUCGAGAUAGUGCGAAAGAUUCAAGUAUAACCUUAGUGGGCGGACAAAGGGUACGAAUUCGCCCACCCGACGUCGAACAAGAAUAUGAAGAAAUAAAAGUACAACAGCAACCCGUUCGACAACCUAGUCAGAUUCCAAAAUUAAAAACCCCGCCGUCGUCGUCUAAUACAUCAAAAGGACAAACAAAAUUGAAAGAAAAGGAAUCUGAUUGCAACCGGUUUAAAUCUAUAUUAAAGAAACCCACAACUUUCAGUGACACGGAUUCAAGCGGAGGCCCCGAGCGCAGCCCCUCACCUGCAUCGAAAAGUGGGUCACACUUUUACCUACCGAUGCCCAUGAACACACCCAGGAAAAAAGUACAAUUUUUAGUUGAAAACGAAUUUGCCUCUCAAAAUGAUGAUAGCGCAAAGGAUGGGGUCUGCGACGAAGUUAACAUAUACGAAGAGGUGCCUCACCACGAGGAAGUUCCAGUUGAAUUUGAAUCCCGAACGAACGUUCUCCGGCGCAGUGUCAGCGAGCACUUCCUCCAACAGCCGACAAUCGCCGUUUUUCACGAUACGACCGCACUACGUCCGAAAUCAUCACGUGCCGAUACCAGAAGCUAUUUCGAAACCAUAACCGAUUUUCGAAAACUCGAUGGCAUCGCACCCUCAGUUUCGGAACCACUUAAAACAUUGCCAAAGACACCAACAGUUCCCCAAGAGGCCGAAUUAGACAAACAAUCCGAUAAUACAAGCGACGAGGAAGCGGUGGUAGAACCGGAACCUCCGGCAGACACGAAAUUAGAAGAACCCGUGGAAGAGGUGGUUCUUGAACCUGAAACACCACCACGAGAGGCAGAACCAAAAGUUGACAUCCAACCUAGCAGCCCACCCACGGCACCGCCCCGUAAGCGAAGCAGCAGUAAACUACCACUAUCAACUACUGUGGAUAUUUCACCUCCAAAAGUUAAAACGGAACCAGACUACACGAACAAAACUGUGGUUCAAAUUCGCGCACCUUCAGCCGUCCACAAAAUCCAAAUAAAAAACGAAUUCCUGGACAACAACAUCCAAACUGUCGUGAUAUCCGAUAACGCCCAGCGAAAAACGUCGAUUAUGAUCAAUGGCGACGACUGCUACUCGACAAUCAACGUUAACGACAACGUUCCUACGUACCAAUCCUCAGUAGUGGUAAAAGACAUGGGCGCAGAACAGGACACAAAACUCCAUCGGAGCAGUUCCGUCUAUAUAACCGGAAAUUUCGUCAGUCCAGAACCCAAAGUUCCUACAAACGGAAAGACAUUCGCGGAGUUUCGCGACGAAGCUAGUGAGCUACCGACCAAAGAGCAUUUUAUAAUUAGAACGAAACCGUCAAGUGAAGAUCUCAAGGAGCUGCUAAAGGAUCCGGUCGAAGCGGUGAAAAGAAACUUAGUCCCUCACGUCUGUGGUAAAUCAGAUGUGCUCAGGCGACCUAGCGACAGGAAGCUUAGUAAUUUCACUUCCAAUUUGCUCGAAGAUUUCGAUGGUAAGAAUAUGGAUAACUUGAUACACGACUCUUUAGUCAAGCUUAAGAAUUACGAAAGUGACGAUGACAAGGAUACUUACUCAGAUCGUAACUCGUCGACUCCAUACGAGCUGAUUGAUCCAGGAUCGGAUUGUUACACCGAUAACAGCAAUAGGAGUAGUUUAACCGAGGAGGAGUUGAAUGCGAGGACGAAGUUUUAUGAGAUGCUAGCCGAUUCGGCGAUCGCCGAGAUUUCCGAGGGUGAAGAUCACCAUUACGAGAGUAUCAGGCAGCAUUCCGACCCGAUUUAUGAGGAGAUCAAUCCGCCACCGCUUCCGUCGAACCCACCGCCUACUAGUAUAAUCGACGAUUUGCAAUUGGACAAGCACUUUACGACAAGGUCAAUUUUUGAGGGUGCUUCAAAGUACGAUAUUCUCAGCUACCUAGUUGACGCAAAGGAGAGAGGGAUUGUACCGGAGGAUAGUUACAAUUUCGGCAACUCGGAUGUGGUAAUUGAGGAGGAUGGGAAGGACGUCUCGGAGCAGUACCGAGUGUCGCAUAUAAGUACCGUUAGUGACUCGAGCGAGGAUAGUUCUUUGGUCGUGACCAAUUCUGAACUACCCUUCCAAAAAUCUGCGGAAGUCGAACGGAACGAUUCCGGUGUCGGUUCUGAAACGAGCAAGAGCUCGCUCAGCCGGUACCGUACAAAGUCGGAACCGUCGCUUACUUGCGAAGAUUGUGAAAUUCCAGUGGAGUCCCCGACAGAGAACGAACCUCUGCUCUGCCGAAAAUGCCUGAAGAAACGAUCCGAGAGAAAGGAAAUUAUAACGGAGAUUGUUGAAACUGAAGAAAAAUACAGCAGAGACCUGCAGAUUAUUUUAGAAGAAUUUUACCAACCAAUGCUCGUCGCUGGUUUACUAACCCCCGAUCAGCUUUCCGCGAUCUUCUUAAACGUAGAGGAACUUCUCGAGAACAGCCAAGCGUUAGCGGAACGCCUAAGGGAUGCCGUUGAAAUAGCAACGGAGCAAGGAGAUGAAGAUUUACUAACCGUUAACAUCGGGAAACUAUUUCUGGAGGCGGCCCCUAUGCUGCACGGUUUUGAAACGUACUGUAUACGCCAAGGAAAUGCUAGUCUUCUAUUAGCGAGCUUAGAAAAGGAAAAAGAACUGUUGCGCAUAUUCUUAAGGGUCUCACAAAUGGAAAAUACCAUGCUCAGGCGGAUGAAUCUGAAUUCAUUUCUUAUGGUGCCGGUACAACGAGUAACCAAGUAUCCGUUGCUGCUAAGUCGACUGUGCAAAGCCACGCCAGGUCACCACGAGAAUCGCGACCAAUUAAAAGAGGCCCAACACAAGAUCGAACUGCACCUAAGCCACAUGAACUCAGAAACUAAAGACGUCCCGAGCAAGCUGUGGAGACGAAUCGGGAGCGGUUCGGGACGACGGGCCAGUUCGGAAAUGGAUUUAGUCAGUAUCAAACUGCGUAAAAUAGCGGUUGACGUCUUGGAGUGGAAUCACGAGGAAGCGAAAUUUGCAUUGGAAGGUAAACUACUAUUUACACAGCCAACUGAUAAUAACUGGAGAAAGGGACGUACGAUAAAGUUGGCCCCUAUCAACGCCCUGCUUGUGACGAAUGGAAAGCAAAUGAUGGGUAAUAAAGUGGAGGAGGACGGGUUAACUUUUCCCAAGAAUGGAAUACGGGAGGCCGCCCUUCUGUUGGUAAGAGACAAAAAUGGCAGGUACUCAUUGCUAAGGGAGCCUCUCUAUUUGGAUCGGUGCAUAAUUGCAACCGAUCCGGCUUGGAACAGCUACUUUGAGGUACAGGAAGUUAUCGGAAAGGACACCUUCAUUUUUAAGGCCGAAGAUGAUGGCCUAACGAGGCAGUGGUAUCGUCAGCUGCAGUUUCACGCCCAAGGCUUGGGCGGUUGGAGAAAACGUAGAAACGCUUUGGCUAACAUCAUGAUUAACGGAAUGGGCCUGCGUUCAUGAUUAAAAUGUAAUUAAUUAGCGUCCUUCCCAAAGCUUCCACUCUGAGAAACUAAACAAAAACGAUCUGAUUAAUUAAAAAUGUUUUUAUAUUGCAUUUAUGUGUACAUAACAAGUAAAGAAAUUGUUAGCAAUUUAGCUGUGAUAUUUUUUGGAAGCGGUUUUUGGGAAAUGCAAUUUUAUAAUUUAACAAAUUGAGUAUUUAAAAUAAUUGUGGCAGUAGUUUAACGUACCUAUAUUAGCAAUUAUUAUCUUUAUUGUACGAUAUAUAAUUAAUUAAAUAAAUCAAUACCUUUCUUGUGUUCUA